GCACUAGACCAAAAUAUCUCAAAUAAAUUACAAUCCAAAGUUAAUAUUUUUUAGGCAAUAUCAUGGCACUGGAAGAUGCAAGCCGUGGUGAUUACACAGUAAGUUUCAUCAGAAAAUCUAUAGUAAAAGCCAGUGGUCCAAUUCCAGAGCACCAUAUUCUCACACUUUCAAAUCUCGACCUCCUCUCUGGACGCUUUCCAGUGACAUAUUUUUACGUCUAUCGCGAAGCAAAACCUAACGACUCAUCAGCUUCAAUCGCGGAUGAAUUAAAAAAGUCCCUUGCUAAUUGCCUAUCACAUUUCUAUCCAUUUGCUGGACGAAUUAUUCCAAAUCCAGAAACAAAUGAGCCUGAAAUUGUAUGUGAUAAUACUGGUGCUUUGUUUCUGGAAGCACAAGCCAGCAUUUCACUAACAGAACUUGACUUGUAUUAUCUCAACAAUUGUCUGGAGGGGAAAUUAGUUCCAAUAAAUCAGGAGUUUCCGGUACAAGUCCAACUCACAAAUUACAAAUGUGGAGGCAUAUUUAUAACAUUCACAUUUGACCAUGCGUUAGGCGAUGCUAGUUCCUUUAGUAAGUUUCUACUAAUGUGGUCCGAGAUAGCGAGAAAAAAACCGCUCUCUUUCUCGCCGGAUCACAGGCGUUAUCUUCUUCGUGCUCGGGAUCCGCCUAUUUACAACCCUUCCUUUGACCAAUCGUUCAUUUCAUGCUCCCUACAUGAUAUACACAACAUAUUGACCCCGAGGAAAUUGCUUAAGCGCCUAUACUACGUUGAUGCAUCGAGCAUCGAUAGGCUGCAAAAAUUGGCAUCAAUUGAUGGUACCAAAAGGACAAAAAUCGAGGCGUUUUCAGCUUGUAUCUGGAAGAUUAUGGUCAAAGCAAUUGAUAAAGACCACCACAACAAGUGCAAGAUGGGAUGGCUAGUAGAUGGAAGAACAAGGAUAUGCAAUAAAAAUGAGAAAGUAACGGAGAACUAUAUCGGAAAUGCCUUAUCUAUAGCCGUUGGAGAAGCAAAUGUGAAUGAAAUUGAGCACGGGUCUAUAUCAGACGUCGCGAAUAACGUGCACAAUGCUAUAUCUAAAGUGACGAGUGCAGAACAUUUCUUGGAUUUAAUUGAUUGGAUUGAAUGGAACAAGCCUGGGUUGAUGCUCUCAAAGGUUGUCCUCGGACAAGGUGGUCCGACUAUUGUGGUCUCAUCAGGACGGAGAUUCCCGGUGGCUGAAGUGGAUUUUGGAUUUGGAACUCCAGUUCUAGGAACAGUGUACUCUACAAUAAAAAAGAUUGGAGUUGGUUAUAUUAACCAAAGGCCAGGUGCUAAGGGUGAUGGAUCUUGGACUAUUUCAGCUAUAUUGUGGCCUGAGAUGAUUGAGGCAUUAGAAUCAGAUACAGAACAUGUUUUUCAACCUAUGACUUCAGACCAUCUUAAAAUUAUCUAGCCCUCUGGUGUAUUCAGAGAGGAAACUGUUGACAUUCCUAAUUUAGAAGCAUCUUUCCAAAUUAAGGAUUUCUAUUUUCAGAUUCUAUGUACUCCCUCAGUUUCAUUUUAGUUGACCCAUGUUGACUUGUUACUCCCCUUAAAAAUGUAUUGGAAAAUGAUUUUUGGGUAGAAAUCUUGUGGGCAGAAUGAGGGGGAUAUUUAUGUCAUUUUACACGGACGGUGAUAAUUUUGUUCCAGUUAUACCCUUCACACUAAAGUCAAUCGUUAACUUUAAGGGUUAGCACUGUCUCUCUCA